AUGGGCAAGAACAAGAAGAAGCAAAGUGGAAAAUCCAAUACGAUUCAACAAAAUGGGUCUCUUGCCGAACAUAAGUUAAAAACAAAACAAGAAGAAGGAGAAGGAGUGAAAGAAGAAGAAAUAGAAAAUAAAGAAGAAGAAGAAGAAGAAGCAGGAGAUGCUAUCAAGGAUGGAGUUGAGACAUUGAGUAUGGAAGAAAGGGAUACUAGCGAUAAAGACGAAUCAAAGCAAAAGCAAACCUUACAAAAUUCACAUUCUUCAACCAACCAGUUAUUAAAUGACCAAACAAUAAGCCAAACAGAAACUAAUGGUAGUAUUGAAGUUAACGACAAUAACAACACUAAAGAGAGUGAGGUGGAAAUGGAUAGAGCCACAGCAGCCAAGCUUAAGCAGGUGGAACAAGAAAGAGACGAAAUACAACAGUCCUACGAUAGUCUAGUGAGCAGGUUAUCCUCGAUGAAAACAGUAUUUGGUAAGAUGAAACAAUCAGAACUAGAAUUGGAAGAAAAAUCAGAAUUGGUUCAAAAUUUAAGUAGUGAAAAUGAAGAAUUAAAAGCAAAACUUCAACAAAUGCAAGAAACUCACGAACAGACUUUAGCCAAUAAAGUUGACGAUUCAGUAGUUGCACAAUUGAGAGAUGAAAACCACAAUCUCAAUUUUGAAAUCCAGAAAUUGAAUGAGACAUUAAACAAGACAAGACGAGAAUAUGCCUCCACAAUUGAUGAGUUACAAGAUGAAAAAUAUAAUUUGGAGAAUCAAACAUCAAAGUUGAACAAAAAAAUACACGAACUAAAGCAAGAAAUUAGUGAAUUGAAUGCUAGUAGAGCAGAAGCAGAUGUCGAAUAUAAGGAAAACAAAGCAAUACAAGAAGACCUCAAGACUAAAUUGAUUUCAAAGGAAGAAGAGCUCCGAAUAUCGACAAAUAUAAUUUUACAACUAGAGUCCAAUAUCAGGAAAAGUGAAGAGCAAAUCAAGAGUAUAGAAUCUUUAUGCAAUGAAAAAAUCACCGCAAUUCAAAAACAAAAUCAAAUGCAGGUAUCGAGUAUAGAAGAUUUACAAGCCGAAGUCAAAGAGUACAAAGAGAAGCUUGCACUUGCCGAAAGUGAAAACAAACAGUUGGACGAAUUAAAGUCUGAGCUAAACAAUAAACAGCUUCUUAUUGGUAAACUUCGCCAUGAAGCAAUAAUUUUAAAUGAACACUUGACCAAAGCAUUAACAAUGCUCAAACAGGGCGGGGACAGCUCAAACAAGCUGGUGGAUAGAGAGCUUAUAUCGAAUGUCAUUAUCAGUUUCCUUCAAUUCCCACGAGGAGAUUCCAAGAAAUUCGAGGCACUUCAACUUAUAAGUGCCUUAUUGGAAUGGGACUCACUGCAAAAAAUAGCUGCUGGCUUACAACAUGUGCCUAACCCCAAAAACCAAACCAAACUUGAUGCAAAUGGGAAUGAAGUACCCGUACGACAGAGUUUUGUAUCUUUAUGGACGGAAUACUUGGAAAAAGAGUCGAGCAAGAAAUAG